GAAAUGCUUUAUCUGGGGCAAUUCGGAUUUUAAAAAGUGUACUGUAACGGUGCAAACGUUAGGUAAAAUGCCGUAGUUCACAGUACACUGGAAAGUCCUUGUUGUAAAAAUAUUACACAAAAAAAAAGAUCAAAGUUUGUUUUUCUUAGAAGGUAGUGCAAAGUAACACUUUACUGCUGGUGUCAGUUUAUUUGGGCUUCUCAACCCUGGUCUUCAGAACCCUUGUAUCUGUGGGAUUACAUUUUUUUAUGAGCAUUCAAUUCAUUAAUCCAUCAAAUCCAGGAUGGACGGUUUAACUCAACUAUUCUGUUUUUAUGAAGAACAGAACCUGCAAUCUACAUUUUCCUGGCACUUGAAAGUAGUAAUGGAAUCCUAAUGGGAAGAACUGUUAAUUCAGUAUAAGGAUCCAAUGACAGAAGUAAAGAAGAAAGAACCGCCAAACACAGGCCUAUGAUUUAACCCAGCUGUGGACAAAAUAUUCAGAACUCCAAGUUAGACGAAAGACGGAUUUUAUCACCUCCCCGGCCAUGGCAGAACCCAGAUCUCAGCUAUGAUGUCGUCCCCUGGGGCGGGCACACCGAGCGAUGCCCUCCUGCCCAGUCCGGGGGGCCCCUGCGGAGCAGCUUGGGGCCCCUCUGGCUUCCCAUCAUCCACCACCCGCCACCUCAGCCACCGCGCCAACAACUUCAAGCGGCACCCCAAAAGGCGGAAGCUGAUCCGGCCCUCGCCCCCUCCGCCCCCCAACACCCCCUGCCCCCUGGGGCAGCUGGACCUCAGCGAGCUGCCCCCGCCGCGGCGCACCUUCCCGGAGCUGCUCUUCAACGGCUGCAUCCUGUUCGGCAUCGAGUUCAGCUACGCCAUGGAGACGGCCUACGUCACCCCCGUGCUGCUGCAGAUGGGCCUGCCCGACCAGUUCUACAGCCUGGUGUGGUUCAUCAGCCCCAUACUGGGAUUCCUGGUCCAGCCGAUCCUGGGUGCGUGGAGUGACCGCUGUACUUCCUGCUUCGGCCGACGCCGGCCCUUCAUCCUGGUGCUGGCCAUCGGGGCGCUGUUUGGCCUGACGCUGGUGCUCAACGGCCGGGACAUCGGGACAGCGCUGGCCGACACUGCGGCCAAUCACAAGUGGGGGAUCGUGCUGACCGUGUGCGGCGUGGUCCUGAUGGACUUCAGCGCCGACUCGGCGGACAACCCCAGCCACGCGUACAUGAUGGACGUGUGCAGCCCGGAGGAUCAGGAUCGCGGCCUCAACAUCCACGCGCUGCUGGCAGGGCUCGGCGGCGGCUUUGGCUACGUGGUUGGCGGCAUCAACUGGGACCACACGGAGUUCGGGAGGUCACUGGGGGGUCAGCUGAGGGUCAUCUACCUCUUCACCAGCAUCACCCUUAUUGUCGCCACGGCGAUGACGCUCACUAGCAUCCCGGAGCGGCCCCUGGCCCAGGCACAUCCCCUGAAGCGUCCCAGGAACACGCUGAAGAGCCCCAGUCUGCCCCUGCCCCCCUCGCCCCCUGUCCCCCCCGGGCAGGCGCAGGUGGACGAUGGAGAGGGGAAUGAGGACGUGAGGGCUGCUGGGGAAGAACUCCAUAGCUACCAGUGCUAUGACCCGAACCCCUGCCAGCCCGACCCCCUGGCUCUGUCUGUCAGCACCCACACGCGACUCUACGCUGGCCUCACCAGCCCCCUCUCGCCUCUCAGCCCACUUACGCCCAAAUACGGCAGCUUCAUCAGCCGGGACAGCUCCCUCACUGGCAUCAACGAGUUCGCCUCCUCUCUCGGGACGUCCUACAUCGACAGCGUGCUGAUCGACUGCUACACAGGACAGCAGACACCCCAGCCACCUGAGCCCGAUGGCUGCACCCACCCUCUCCCAGCGGGGGACACCCCUCCCACUCUUGGGUCGGGGGGAGGCCUGCCAAGGGCAGGCAGCUCAGGGAUCCUGAAGCGCCCCCAAAGUCUGGCUCUGCUGGACGACACUCUGCCGCCCACGGGCCCUGGGGCAGAGAACGGCCGCAGGAGAACUGUCACCUUCAGGCAGCAGGUGGCAAACAUCCUCCUGAACGGGGUGCGCUAUGACAGCGACCUGAGCAACAGCACCGAGGUCCCAGACACUCAGCUUUCCAUGAGGGUGCUGUGCAACGCCAUCUACAGGAUGCCCCAGCCACUGCGCAGUCUCUGCACCAACCACUUCCUGGGCUGGCUGUCCUUUGAGGGGAUGCUGCUCUUUUACACCGACUUCAUGGGGGAGGCAGUGUUCGGGGGUGACCCCAAGGCCCCCCACGACUCAGAGCCCUACCGACUAUACAACAGUGGGGUCAGCAUGGGCUGCUGGGGUAUGUGCAUCUAUGCCUUCAGUGCUGCCUUCUACUCUGCGAUCCUGGAGAAGCUGGAGGAGCGUUUUUCCUUGCGCUCCCUCUAUUUCUUUGCGUACUUGGCGUUCGGGCUGGGCACCGGUCUCGCCACCCUCUCUACCAACCUGUACGUGGUGCUGUCCCUGUGCGUCACCUACGGCGUCCUCUUCUCCUCGCUGUGCACCCUGCCCUACUCCCUGCUCUGCGAGUACUACCAGAGCCCGCAGGUCAGAGCCGGGCCCGGCGUGGGGGGCCUCUUGUGUCUUUGUGGCCUGGCCCUCGUGUUGCUGAGUCAGGGCAGCCAGGACGUUACCAAGAAUGUGAGAAAGAUUGCCCGAAAGCUGACGAGAGGGCAGGAGGGGGAUUCGGCACGUCUUUCCCAGCUGGUUUUGUUAGUUAAUUGAUACAGCAGUCAUACCCAGCUGUUCGGUGAAUCUUUC